AUGGAGCAGCUGAAGACCAUAGGGCGAGAGCUUGCGAUGGGUUCUCAAGGCGGCUUCGGCCAAUCCAAGGAGUUCCUGGACCUCGUCAAGUCCAUCGGCGAAGCUCGAUCCAAGGCCGAAGAAGAGCGCAUCGUCCUCCUCGAGAUCGAAACCCUAAAACGACGUCUCUCCGAGCCUGAAAUCCCCAAGCGCAAGAUGAAGGAGUACAUCAUCCGCCUUGUCUACGUCGAAAUGCUCGGCCACGACGGCUCCUUCGCCUACAUCCACGCCGUCAAGAUGACCCACGACGACAAUCUCUUGCUUAAACGCACCGGUUACCUCGCCGUUUCGCUCUUCCUCAGCGACGAUCACGAUUUGAUCAUCUUGAUCGUCAACACCAUCCAGAAGGAUCUCAAGUCUGACAAUUACCUUGUCGUUUGUGCCGCCCUCAAUGCCGUUUGCAAGCUCAUCAACGACGAGACUGUGCCUGCCGUUUUGCCCCAGGUCGUGGACCUCCUGGCCCAUCCCAAGGAGGCUGUCAGGAAGAAGGCCAUCAUGGCGCUUCACCGCUUUUAUCAGAAAUCGCCAUCUUCUGUUUCGCAUCUGGUCUCCAAUUUCAGGAAGCGCCUUUGUGAUAACGAUCCGGGAGUCAUGGGUGCCACGCUCUGCCCGUUGUUUGACCUCAUUACAAUCGAUGUGAAUUCUUAUAAGGAUUUGGUGGUCAGCUUUGUCAGCAUUCUCAAACAGGUCGCCGAGCGCAGGUUGCCCAAGACCUACGAUUACCAUCAGUUGCCGGCGCCCUUUAUUCAGAUUAGAUUGUUGAAGAUCUUGGCAUUGUUGGGGAGUGGUGAUAAGCAAUCGAGUGAGAAGAUGUAUAUGGUAGUCGGCGAUAUUUUUAGGAAGUGCGAUUCUACCAGUAAUAUAGGAAAUGCUGUACUUUAUGAGUGUAUUUGUUGCGUUUCUGCCAUAUAUCCAAAUCCUAAGUUGUUAGAACAGGCUGCUCAAGUCAUCUCAAGAUUUUUGAAGAGUGACAGUCAUAAUUUGAAAUAUAUGGGCAUCGAUGCCCUUGGUCGACUUAUAAAGAUUAGUCCAGAGAUAGCAGAGCAACACCAACUAGCCGUCAUUGAUUGCUUAGAGGACCCAGAUGAUACUCUGAAGCGAAAAACAUUUGAACUAUUGUACAAGAUGACCAAGUCCUCCAAUGUGGAAGUGAUUGUGGAUCGUAUGAUUGAUUACAUGAUUAGCAUUAAUGAUAACCAUUACAAAACAUAUAUAGCUUCUAGAUGUGUGGAGCUUGCGGAGCAAUUUGCACCAAGUAAUCAAUGGUUUAUCCAGACCAUGAAUAAAGUCUUUGAACAUGCGGGAGAUUUGGUAAAUGUCAAGGUGGCACAUAACUUGAUGAAGUUGAUUGCUGAGGGAUUUGGAGAGGAUGAUGAUUCUGCAGAUAGUCAGUUGAGAUCAUCUGCGGUGGAGUCAUAUUUGCGUAUAAUUGGUGAGCCAAAGCUUCCAUCUGUAUUUCUUCAGGUCAUUUGUUGGGUUUUGGGGGAAUAUGGAACUGCUGAUGGAAAAUAUUCUGCUUCCUAUAUCACUGGGAAAUUAUGUGAUGUGGCAGAGGCGUAUUCAAAUGAUGAAUCCGUCAAGGCUUAUGCGGUUACAGCAAUCAUGAAAAUAUAUGCCUUUGAAAUUUCAGCUCAGAGAAAAGUGGAUAUUCUACCUGAGUGUCAAUCUUUGGUGGAAGAAUUGUCAGCUUCUCACUCAACAGAUCUGCAGCAGCGUGAAUAUGAAUUGCAAGCUGUCAUUAGCUUAGAUGCUCCUGCAGUUGAGAGUAUUAUGCCAUCAGAUGCAAGUUGUGAAGACAUUGAGAUUGAUAAAAGCCUUUCAUUCCUCAAUGACUAUGUCCAGCAAGCACUAGAGAAAGGUGCUCAGCCCUAUAUUCCUGAGAAUGAGCGCUCUGGAAUGUUAAAUAUCAGCAACUUCAGUAACCAAGAUCAGCAUGAAGCUUUAACCCAUGGUCUUAGGUUUGAGGCAUAUGAGCUUCCAAAGCCAGCAGUGCCAUCAAGAAUUCCUCCAGCUGCAGUUGCAUCCUCAACCGAGCUUGUUCCAGUUCCUGAACCGUCUUAUGCUAGGGAGAUCCGCCAGCCUGCAUCAUUGCCACCUGUGUCAGAUGCAGGAUCAUCGGAACUUAAGUUACGACUAGACGGUGUUCAAAGAAAAUGGGGCAGGCCAACAUAUUCCUCCCCAGCAUUGUCGAUCUCAAAUUCCUCUAGUUCUAGUUCCCAGAAAUCAGCGAAUGGGGUCACACAAAUAGAUAGCGUGAGCACUUCAAAUUCAAAAGCACGUGAUACUUAUGAGUCAAGGAGGCCCCAGGUUGAAAUUUCUCCAGAAAAGCAGAAGCUUGCCAGUUCACUGUUUGGGGGAUCAUCAAAAACCGAGAGGAGGCCAUCUUCUGCCAACCAUAAGGUGUCUAAGGCGAAUAUCCAUGCUUCGGAGAAGCCCCAGGUACCAAAGGCAGCAGCUGUACACACUGAAGUUAAUCAUGAACCUGCUCCAGACUUGCUCGAUUUGGGUGACUCAACUAGUAGUACUGCUUCCACUGUAGAUCCUUUCAAGCAGUUAGAAGGGCUUCUUGAUCAAACUGAAGUUGCAUUAACUGCAAAUCAUGGUGCAGCUGGUGCUGCUAAGACACCUGAUAUUAUGGGAUUAUAUGCAGAUACAUCUCUCAGCGGGCUUAGUAGCAGUGUUGGCGACCCUUUGCCGACCAAUAGGGAUGAGUUAAAUCUUGCAUCUGAGUUAUCAAAUGCUACAAGAAAUGCUCAAAGUGGGGUAACACAAUUGAAUAAGGGUCCUAACCCUAAAGAUUCCUUGGAAAAGGAUGCACUUGUAAGGCAGAUGGGUGUGACCCCAACAAGUCAGAAUCCCAACUUGUUUAAAGAUUUGCUUGGCUAA